AUGGAGAGACCCCGGGGAUUUAACUUCAAGCUGUUGGUACCCUCCAGGGGGAAUAACGGACAGGUAUCUGCGGUUCGACCUCAGGAAACCGUAGAGAACUGUGGUGAUUUCAUGAAUACAUUGCAGCAGGGUAACAGCAAAGGUUUUGAAAAAGAGCAGAGCAUGCCUUUCACCCAUACAAGUGCGGUUGCACCAACAAAACCAACUAGACCAGAAAUCUCCAGGAUGAAAGUUGUGCCACCAAUGGAAAAGGGCGAGAAUAAUUGCAGUCCGGGGCAGCUGUACUCCAAGCUGUUUGAUGAAGUUGACAAAAUAAAGUGUUGGAAGGUUAAAGUUGACUCUGACACUGUGCAAAAGAAAAGGGAACUCCAAGAAAACAAAAGAACAAUUGAAACUCAGCGCAAAGCCAUUCAAGAACUACAGUUUGGAAGUGAAAGUCUCAGCGUAAAGCUGGAGGAACAGAUCAGUGAAAAUGAGGAGUUGAGGAACAAAAACAACGGCACAAGGAACUUGUGUAAUAUACUCAAAGAUACUUUCCAGCGGACAGCUGAGAAAAUGCAUUUAUUUGAAUCCGAAAGAGAAGAAACACAUCACCUCUUUACGGAAAACAGUGGGAGUAUUCAGAAAGUGAUCGCAGCAUUUGAAAGCCUUCGUAUUCAAGCAGAAGCUGAUCAACAAGAGAUGCAGAAAGUCAAAGAGGAUUUACUGCAAUUUGAAGAUCAAAAAGAAAAACUUCAUCAGGAAUAUACCAUGAAGGAGAAAGAGGCUGCAGUGCUUCAAACACAAAUCAAGGAAAAGGAAAAAGAACUACAAGAACUCCUGCUUGAUCUCCAGGAAACCCAGAAGCACUGCGAACAACUUCAAGAGGCAACAAAUGAACAAGAUGAACUUCUAAAAAGCUCAAAACAGGAACAAGAAUCCCUUCUUCAAAGACUGAACGCUGCAGAGCAGCACUCUAAAGACACGGAGAAAAAUCGUGAAGCUAUUGCUGCAAUGCUGGCCCAAAGCAAAGAGGAAUAUGGGGAGAUGAUUGAAAACAAAGACCUGAGCUUGCAGGAGCUCACUAGAGUGAAACAUCAGCAAGCAGACAAGUUGGAGGAGAUUCAGACAAGCCUUCAGGAGCUCCAGAGUUCACGAGCAGCAGAGAUACAGAGGACCAAGGACCUUGAGGAGAAUCUUACGGCAAGCAACAAAGAACUUGAGAGGAGAAACACACUUUUAGGAGAGAGCCGAGAGCAGAGUGCAGACAAAGAUGAGCAGAUCAAAAUCCUUGAAGAUAAACUGGAGAGAGAAUCCAAAUCCGUUGAGUCCAUGAAGGCUACGAAUGAAACCACUGAACUCAGAGUGGAGGAACUCACAGCUGAGCUGUCGAGGAGAACUGAAGAAGUCCAGCUAUUUAAGGAUGAAGCAGAGAUUGAGAACGCUGAACUGGAUCGACUGAAGAAGACCUUAGAAGCUGCUGAAAACGCACAAGAGGAUUUAAAGAAGAAGGCCACAGUGACAGAGAUCAAAGUGCAAGACCUGGAGGAGCAACUGAAUACUGAAAUAAAUCAGAAUAAAGAGCAAACCUUUCAGAUGGAGCAACUGAGGAAAGACUUCACGCAGCAUAGAGUGAAGUACAAAAAGCUAUCCUCCACCUUUAAUGAGCUGCAGUGUGAGAAGACAGCCAUUCAGCGGCAGCUUGAGAGCGGAUCUUCUGAUGUGAAAGCUAUGGAGGCAAACAUGGAGGUCUGAAUCAUCCUUUCACAUCUCUCAAUAGAAAUUCAAAGACUGGAAGAAGAAAACCAAUGUUUACGAGAGGAAGUAAACUCCAUUAAAACCAAAAGCCAAGGAACAUAUCAGGAAAGCGAGACUUUACAGAAGAAGAUUGAAGAAAAUUGUGAACAUCUGCAGGAGGAAAUUACAGAAAAAGUAAAUCGGAUCAAAUCUGUGGAAACAAAGCUGUGCCAGCUCAGGAAAACAUUUGAGAUUAAACUUAAAGCCCAAGAGGGAUUCCAGAAAAAGAAUAAAAUGCUUCAGAAACAAAUAGCAAAGGAGAAUGCGAAAUCCAGUCAACUUGAAAUUGUGAUCAACAGUCUUCAGGAGGAGUCCCAGAGCCUCAAACGACUGAACGAAGAAGACCAUCAGAACAUGCUAAAGGCUCUUGAGUCCAAGUCCUCCUUUGCAGCAGAGCUUGAGAAUGAGCUCCAAAAGCUCAGAUUAACAGCAGUAGAGGCCGCCAAGAACAAGGAAGACACAGAAGUCAAGUGUCAACACAAGAUAGCCGAUAUGGUCGCACUCAUGGAGAAACAUAAGAGCCAGUACGACCGGAUGGUUGAAGAGAAGGACGCAGAGCUCGAUGAGAACAAGAGGAAAGAGACGCAGAUUGUGGCCUCCAGGAAAUCUCUGGAGUUGGACGUCACGAAGCACAAGGCAGAUAAUGAUCAGCUGAAGCAACAGCUGAAGACAGAAAUAACAGAGAAGGAAAAUGUGCAGAAGGAGCUGACUAACUUGAAGAAAGUAAUAGCAUCAACAAAAGUCACCCAGCUGUCAGAAGCAAGGACCAAGCAGUCACCCGCCUCAGACUAUAAACAGAGGAGAUGUUCCAAGACCCCAAAAGACAGCUCUCCAAAAAGACACAUGUUUGACUUCUCCGGGGCCCUGAGGACUCCCUACAGCAGAGAGGAGGGAAGAGCUGCUUUUAAGAAGAAAGCUGUGAAGCAAUCUGACACUGAAUCCAUCAGAACAUUGUGUGGAACAACCCCAAAGACAACAGAAACUCACAAUGAAGACGUGAAAGCCCCGAGAAGCUUUGCAAGCGGAGUUGGCGGAACAUCAAACAUCAAAUCGUACAGAAUAAGGACGCCUCCUUCUGCUGUGAAGGCAGAGCGCUGGGGGAACAGCACCAUAGAGCUCGACUUCAAGUCCGACAGCUCUGAUCAAAGCGAUCUCUUGACCUUUGCAAGUGCACCUGCACACACUUUCUCCGCUCCACAAUGCAAACGUAACAUCUUCAAGAAGAUUCAGAGCCCCGUCACUCAUAAAUCACCAGGGAGCUCCUUGAAGUUUGCUGCAAUGAAAAGAAUGAGGGAUGCUGGCUGGACUGCUGUCACUGGCUGUGACAAAAAGAAGAGGACGACCAAUGUGAAGAUAUUUGCAUAAAUAGUGUUAUGAUGGGUCAGAUAGACAGUUAUCAUAAU